AUGAACAAUCCUGGAAACUCUUUCCUUGACCCCAAAGAGGCUGAGAAGCCCGAGGAUCGAUACAGUGAAGCUGGCAAGCUCAUGAAUAUGGACGUCAAAACGUCUAUCGUGGAGCUCAGCAAAGCUUUCCACAGACAUCGGGUCAGCAUUCCCAUUGGCACCGCGAUACCCGACAUCGCACAGGGAACAUUUGUGGCACCCGAUGCUACCAUCGUUGGAGAUGUCACUCUCGGGGACAACUCUGCAGUGUACUAUGGAUCAGUGAUCAGAGGUGACGAAGGACCUGUGCUGAUAGGGUUUCGGUGUCAAGUGGGUGAAAACAGCGUCAUCACAUCAGACAGUGAUAUGACCGAUAUUUCUAUCGAUACCGAUGAGAGUGGAGGACGUCUGGAGGAUCUCGAAAAGAGUGUUACGAUCGGACACUACGUCACGAUAGAACCAGGAUGUUACCUGAGGUCUUGCACCAUCCAGGACAGAGUCGUCAUUGGUGCCAACUCUGUGAUCUGCGAGGGAGCUUUGGUUGAAGCUGGUGCCCAAGUUGGCCCUGGCUCUAUUGUCCCCCCAGGUCGUCGUAUUCCAGCAAAUGAGGUCUGGCAGGGCCGUCCUGCCCAGUAUGUUCGAACGUUGACUGGCAGUGAUUCUGAGGAUCUUGAUAAGAAGCUCAAGACGUUUGUGAAAGACACUGAACUUCACAUUGAUUGCAAUUAUCCCAUUGGUGAGGAACACAACAUGCUGCACAGGGAUGCGAUGGAGGCAAUGCAAAAAGGAAACUAA